GUGAAUCACGUGGUCCGUCUGGCCAGACAAGCUAAUAGUGCACGUUAAUGGAAAACCCAUGGAAAGCGGAAGAAAAUAUUGAUUUAUUUUUUAGGCUUUAAACUGAAGAGUAAUGCCUGUUAUAGUACUGAAUUGGCGUCGCCUCAACUGGAGAGUCAUCAGUAUAAGUGCGCUUGUCCUGACUGUGUUUUUCAACGAGUACUUGGUGUACUCAAUACAGAGCUGGCAGUGGUUUACAUUCCCAGUAUCUCAGGACAGGGAGCAUGAGGUAGUGGCACUAUUGGUGGGGGAUCCCCAGCUGCAAGGGUACAGGGAUGAACCACCAUUUUUGAUAGGAACUUUCUCCAGGUGGGAUGCAGACAGGUACCUGAGGAACAAUUUUUUACUGGCCUGUGGCUACAUCAAACCAGAUGUGGUUGUGUUCCUGGGAGACCUGUUAGAUGAGGGAAGUGUUGCCACUGAUGAGGAGUUUGAAGAUUACACUAGACGAUUUCAAAGUAUAUUCUCAACUAGAGCUAAUGUUCAGAGAGUUCAUAUACCUGGCGAUAAUGAUAUUGGAGGAGAAGGUGGGGACUUUAGAACUAAAGCCAAGAUCCAGCGAUAUGUCCGCCAUUUUGAGCAACUAACAGGAGUCACGUCGGUCAAAUUUGUUGAUUUUAUCAAGAUGGAUGUGGAGUUUCGCGGUGGGCUGACGACGGAGAAGUGGAAAACAGCAGAGUCUCUUAGCUCAGAAAUGAAAGGAAAAUACAGAGUUCUGCUUAAUCAUGGAUCAGUACUGCCCAAGCUCAAAUCCCAUGUUUACCCACUGCUGACUCGACUCCGUCCACAGUUAUUGUUAUCAGCCCACUGGCAUCGGUCUAAUCACUAUGUCUGCAGUGACUGUAUGUCCCACAAGUCUGAUGUGGACAAGGAGUACUGGCCUGUUCAUCGCAGAGAUAUCACUGAUACGCAUCAGCUGAUUGAGAUAGAUCUAACUGACAAAGAGGCACUCAAUGAGCUGAUGAUACCCAGCUGCAGCUACAGGAUGGGUGAAGUCAACAUUGGGUAUGGAGUGGUCAUUAUCAAAGACAGUGGAGUGGCAUACCAUGGCGUACUUUGGCUUCCCCAGCGUUACAUCCUCCUCUACGUCUAUGUGGCUGUCUGUUUGGCCCUAGCCUUGUUUCCAGUCUUGUCCAAAUAUGCUCAGAAACACAUCAUCACAUUACAGAAAUACCGAUAUAGAUGACUCACACCGCACAAAAACACCUGAUCAGUAGACACUCAAUGCUUUAAUGCAGAAAAAAUUGAGCAGAUAGCUCUAAACUCACCAAAACACCUGAUCAGGUCGUAAUCAAACCUGACAGAAAAAAUCCAGCAGAUGACUAGAAUCUAAACUCACCAAAACAUCUGAUCAGGUCGUAAUCAAACCUGACAGAAAAAAAUCCAGCAGAUGACUAGAAUCUAAACUCAUAAAAACACCAGAUCAGGUCGUAAUCAAACCUGACAGAAAAAUCCAGCAGAUGACUAGAAUUUAAACUCAUAAAAACACCUGAUCAGGUUGUAAUCAAACCUGACAAAAAAAAUCCAGCAGAUGACUAGAAUCUAAACUCACCAAAACACCUGAUCAGGUCGUAAUCAAACCUGACAGAAAAAUCCAGCAGAUGACUAGAAUCUAAACUCACCAAAACAUCUGAUCAGGUCGUAAUCAAACCUGACAGAAAAAUCCAGCAGGUGACUAGAAUCUAAACUCACCAAAACACCUGAUCAGGUCGUAAUCAAACCUGACAGAAAAAAUCCAGCAGAUGACUAGAAUCUAAACUCACCAAAACACCUGAUCAAGUCGUAAUCAAACCUGACAGAAAAAAUCCAGCAGAUGACUAGAAUCUAAACUCAUAAAAACACCUGAUCAAGUCGUAAUCAAACCUGACAGAAAAAAUCCAGCAGAUGACUAGAAUCUAAACUCAUAAAAACACCUGAUCAGGUCGUAAUCAAACCUGACAGAAAAAAUCCAGCAGAUGACUAGAAUCUAAACUCACCAAAACACCCGAUCAGGUCGUAAUCAAACCUGACAGAAAAAAUCCAGCAGAUGGCUAGAAUCUAAACUCACCAAAACAUCUGAUCAGGUCGUAAUCAAACCUGACAAAAAAAAAUCCAGCAGAUGACUAGAAUCUAAACUCACCAAAACAUCUGAUCAGGUCGUAAUGAAACCUGACAGAAAAAAUCCAGCAGAUGACUAGAAUCUAAACUCACCAAAACACCUGAUCAGGUCGUAAUCCAACCUGACAGAAAAACUCCAGGAGAUGACUAGAAUCUAAACUCAUAAAAAUACCUGAUCAGUUCACUCUGAAACUUUACAGAAAGAUUCAAGCAGAUGGUUUUGAAUUCAGGGAAUACCUGAUCAGUUCACACUCAAACCUUACAUAAAUCAGUGUUAAACGCAGUAUUGAAACAAAGACAAUAUACAGUGUGCUGUUGUUAGGGCCACUGUUGAUGUUACAUAGGCCAUACUUCAACAUUUAACUUUUGUAAAACUCAUAUUUUAUGUUCCAAAUAUUACAGUUUUUAAGGCUUAACUUUGUAAAAAGCAUGAAAAACUUAUUUACAUAUUCAUAUGGAAAAGAAAUACAGGAUUUCACAUUGGUGCUAAGUGGCAGUGAAUUGUUUGAAACAAAUUGUCUGCGUAAUGUUUCAUACCAUUUACAAAGUUUGGCAUACGACAUCAUGAUAUUUGUCGUAAUCAGGUAAAGUCUACGCUGUCCCAUAAAAUGUGAAGAAACCCUGAUGUACAGCAGAUGAUCACGUGAACUGAACUGAGUAAGUUGCUACGCGCAACUUGUUUUCUUAGGUUAACUGUUAAUGUUCCUCAUAAGUUCAGUAACAAUGUGACAGCAGACAAAUAAAUACAUCCAUAAUGUAUAUAGUGCUUCAUUCAUUCCAUGCUACAGGGGGUUUGUACACUCAUAUAUAUUUUAUACUGGUAGAUAUUUGUGAUAGAAGUUCCACCCAGUGUUUAUACUGGUCAUGUGGCUGUACAGCAGAAUUCUCUCUCUCUUCUCUCAGGAAGAAUGGCAGCUUGACUCCUGCUUUACCAUGGGCCUGAAUGUGGUCAUGCUGUAUAUUAAUACAACCAUACUGUGUCUCAGGUCUUGUCAAGAGAGAUGCAAUGCUUAAGAAAAACAUGAUGGUGAAGAAUUGAUUUUUCAUGUUGCCAGCUAAAAAGAGAUGUAAUUUUUAUCAAUAAGAAUGCAAUUAUUUGGUCUGUACAGCUCCAUUGUGUGUAAAUUGGCCAAAUUUUGGAUGGCCAUUUUCAUGUGUGAAUGUGCAGAAAGAGUGAAACAUAUGUGUAAAUAUUUUUAUACUUGAUUAAUCUUUGGGUUGCUAUUGUAUUGGAUAUUAGAUGACAUUAACAAGCUAGAUGGCCAUUUUGUAGCUGAUGAAAAUGUAGAGAUGAUACCACACCUGUUUAUAACAGAGAACAUCAACAUUGGAUGUAAUUCUGUAUGCUGUUGAGUAUGGUAUGAAGCAAUAUUCAACAAAUACAGGAAUCCUGUCAAUAUAAGUUUUAUUAAUGUUACGAGUAUUACAAUUCAGUCUGCCUACAUUUAUAUAUCUCAUCAUGGGAACUGGUAGUUGUACAGGUCUGUCAACCAGAUGUCACGUCAUGAUUUCCAACCCGUCCCGAGUGGUUUACCCCACUCUUAGAUCUGUUUGCUUUUGGAUUUAUGGCUGCCUUCAGCACUGUACUUUGGUCAUAUAAAUGUAUACUUUUCAUAGGCAUUCCACCAUUGUCUUCGUAAUAUUUUAUGUCAUAUCUUCCAAGCUAAGUGAAGAAUUAUGCAUCGACCCCAACCACAACGCUUAAUUCAGGGUUCACGUGUGAAACAAGGUGUUUUUUAAGGAUUAUGUUUUCCAGCUUUUUUAAAAACUGAUCAGUUGAAGUGCAAACCAUGAUGUGGAAAUUAAUGAGUACUAUUUACAUGUAGGUAGCUUUCUAUCAGUCCAAUGUAAGGCAAUUUGAUAUUUAACAUGUAUCAAAAUAAAGUAUUUUCAGAAU